UAUUCAAAAUGAGCCAGUGUGAGUCACAUGAUGGUGCCUUCUACAGUUUAUCUGCUGCUGCUUGGUAUUUUCGGAACGCUUAUGGUUGGUGAUUGUCUUACACAUUCUGAAUCAGUUCAACAAAACUUGAUAGUUAACACUCGAUUAGGUCAGCUGAGGGGAAGCCGGCUCGAAACUUGGACUAAUCAGGCAUUUUUUGCCUUCAGGGGAGUUCCCUAUGCUGAACCUCCAGUUGGAAAGUUGCGAUUCAAGGCACCGGUACCAGUAAAGAAAUGGAAAGGUAUGUGGAACGCCACUUCAGAUGCUGCAGUAUGUCCGCAAAUUGGUGGGGAAACAGUGGGACCUAACAACGAAGACUGUCUAUACUUGAAUGUCUACUCAAAAAAACUUGACGAUAAAAACCCUGUUAUAGUUUAUUUUCAUCCUGGUGGAUUUUUUGCCAUGACUGGAGCCAGCUAUUGGAACGGACCAGACUACCUAAUGAAUGAAGAUGUUGUUCUAGUCACAAUCAAUUACAGAUUGGACGCAUUGGGUUUUCUCAGCACUGGAGAUGAAGAAGCAGAAGGAAACUACGGACUCAAGGACCAAGUAGCCGCGUUACGAUGGGUCAAGAGUCAUAUCUCCAAUUUCGGAGGAGAUCCAGACAGUGUCACUCUUGUUGGCUAUAGCGCCGGCUCUGCCAGUACUUACUAUCAUAUGCUCUCCCCCAUGUCAAAAGGUCUGUUUCAUAAAGUGAUUGCAAUGAGCUGUGGAGUGACUCAGAGAGGAUUGAUUUCCAAAAAUCCAAUGCAAUUCACAAAGAAGCUGGCUGGACUCUUCAAUUGUUCUCUCCCUUCAAGUAAGGAAAUUAUCGAUUGCUUGAGAAAAAUUCCAGCAAGUAAUAUAACCAGCCAGUACGAUGCUAUGAGGAGUUUUUAUAAUUCACCUAUUGUUGUUUUUGGGCCGGUGAUUGAGGAUUUCAAUACCACUAGUGAGCGCUUCUUAUUGGAUGAACCAGUUAAACUUAUUAAGAAAAAGCAAUACAAUCACGUUCCUGUGGUAACUGGAAUUGUAAAAGAUGAGUUCAGAGGAUGGUUUAAUUGGAUGUACAACGCAAUAGAAGACGAAGUGAAGUCUUUCAAUGACAACUUCUACAAAAUAUUGCCAGUGAUCCUUCUGUAUGACGAUAAAACAGAAGACGAGAAAAGGAAAAUAACAGAUGAAUUCAAAAAGUUCUACCUGAACGGUGAAACAAUCAACAACAACACAAUUGAUGGGCUAGGGGAUCUAUUCGCUGAUGCCACUAUCAUUCACGGAGAGCACACAACAGCCAAACUCCUUGCUAAGUACAACAACGCCCCAGUAUAUUUUUACAUGAUGAAUUAUUUGGGGCGCUUUGGACACGUUAAGGAUACAAGAACUGGAAAAGUAAUGGGACCAACUCAUCAUGAUGACCUGAUCUACAUAUUCUAUGUAUCGAAGCUUUUUCCAAAAUUCAAUACAACUGAUCCUGAAUCUACUAUGGUGAAGCGUUUGACAACAUUUUGGAGCAGCUUUGCUUAUUCUGGGAAUCCAACACCAACCAAUUCUUCUGUCCAAUGGCUUCCAAUAAAAGACAAUGAUCUGAAAUAUUUGGAUCUGGAUAAGGAUUUGAAUAUGGUCGACGGCCUUCCAUAUCCUAAACGCAUGGGAAUUUGGGAUUCGCUGUUUCCCAUCGAUUGAUUGUAUGAACUGUUCCAAAACAGAUUUACAAAUGAUGUAUAGUCUAGGGAAUUAUUGGCAUUAAAGCAUAUCAAAGCAUAA